UGAGGAGCAGUGUCACAUGCUGAAAAAGGUCAGAAUGGCACUCUAAUCUUAUAAACGCAAGCUAAAAUUGAUCGCUUCUUUGUGAUAGACAGGGGGAAGAAAGAGAUCCUGGGGAGGUAAUGAUGUGAUCACAGAAAGGGCCGGAAACAACACCUGUAAAGGCGAAGGUGAGGACACAGACCGCUUGCUUUCCUGGGAGUGAGAUUAUGCCGUAAAAGCAAGAGGAUGAAUCCACAAACCUCUAAAGCUGUGACUGAGCCGUCGGCCUGUCAGGAGGGACAGACCCUAAAGAAGAAGAUUGCAUAUUUUGAAAAAAUCCAGCACACCGAUGCCACCGCAAACAAAGAGGCUCACAUCCAGAGGAGACAUACAAGUUCUUCUUCAGCGGUGAGCGUUUCCAACCCUGUUCCUUCAAGUACAGCGUCUGAUCUGGAGGCUACAGUGGCGACACAAGGGGACCCACGUGUGACAAAUAUGCAGAGUGCUGCACCUGGACCACCAGAUUUACACAGAGAAGAAGAAACCCUGACUGAAGCCAAUACUUAUGAAAACCUUAAAGACCUCCUUGUAGGUGUAUGUGACACCGCAGCACUGAGUGCAACUGCAACGAUUGACGAGCCACUUGUGGACAACGGUGAAAAUGCUGACCAGCUGGAAGAGCAGCCGUAUUACUGUCAGGUGAACCAGGCAGAGAUAAACCAACUGCUGCAACUGCCUUUUCCAGAAAUGGUUGACUGCUUUGAUCAAAUCUUGGGUUUGAUUGGCAUGGAGCAGCCUGCGGUGACAUUACAGCCUGCACAUGAUCCAUAUCCUCAUGUGCUUGUGUCUGGUCCCAACAGUCUAGUCCAGGACACUCUUCAGGCUCUAGAAUCAGCUCUUGCCUCUUUGACAUCAGACAAAUUGGUUCUAGAUGGGCCCUGGGCUCAGUGGUACUUCCAGGCAGAUGGCAAAAUGAGCAAGAAGUUGGUAGAAAGCUCUUGCCGAGUCCUUAUUUUGGAAAAUUUAGGUAGCUGCUCUAAAAGUACAGAAAUAGAUCCAAAUAUGGAUACUACCACAGUAAGGAGAACCCAAUCCUGCACCAAUGUUCAACACAGCAGACCUGCCACUGUUGAGCGCUCCAACACGUUUACCACCGGCACAAGUAGUAUGGCAAUCAACAAAACAAGCCUGCAGGUCAAGCUUGGGGACAUCGCUGAUGAGCAGGUGGACGUGUUAGUGGCCCCCAUGAUUAACAAGAAGCUAACUUCAACUCAAAUUAGCAAGUGCCUAUGGGAUAAAGACGCCCUAAUCAGGACAAAAUUUGACAAUACUGCAAAGAAACGUGCACUUGCCCCUGGUGAUGUUUUGCAGCUUGAUGGGUUCAUGACACUGGGUUGCUCUAAAAUCUACUUCAUCGAGUGUCUCCCAUGGGAUGGAGCUAGAGGGCAAAGUGUGCAGGUGCUUGGUGAUGCACUGAAGAAAUGUCUGGACCUAUGUGAAGAGGAGGGCUGGCAUUCAGUGGCGUUCCCCAUCAUCGGACCUGGAGCUGCAUUGAAGUUUCCACUCACAGAAGCUAUUCAAGUCUUAACUGAUAGGAUUAGCCAGUUUGCCUCAUCUGCAGUCUGUAGUUGUGUCUCCACCAUCCGCAUCGUCAUAAAACCAGAUUAUCCCAACUUGGACGAGUGCUACCAUGAGGUCUACAGAUGCCUUAACUUGAAUAAGAAUAAUCAAGCAGCAAUUUUCAAGUCCAUCACAGGUGACCUUGACAAUAUCACAAUCACUGUGGGAGACGGAGUCAAACUACAUCUGGUGUUUGGUGACAUCAGCAAUGAGACAACAGAUGUCGUCGUGAACACGACAAACUUCUCUGACUUUAACACAGACGUAUGCAGGGCCAUCUUAGCCAAGGCUGGACCACAGGUGCAGGCUGAACUGAAAGCAGCAAAAAAGAAGGAUGGCGAUAUUUUUGUGACUUCUCCCGGAAUGUUCCCAUGCAAAGCCAUUUUACAUGCAAGCGGAAAAAGGGACAAAGGCAUCAUUAAACAACUGGUGUCUGACAUCAUUUAUUCCUGUGAAACUAUUAAAGUCAACUCUGUGGCCAUUCCGGCUAUCUGUGCAGGUGCUGGUGAACUGCAGCCUGAAGUUGUUGCAGACACCAUCUUCCAAGGGGUCCAAUCUUCCACAUUUUCCUCAAAACUCCAUUGGCUCUCCAACAUCCGCCUGAUUUUGUUUAAGGUUAAUGUUUUUUUGGCAUUUAAAGAGAAAGCGAUGCAGAUGUUUCCUGCUGCUGUAAUCACCACAGAGUCAGUGCCUCAGUCAGCUCCUGCUCCGGAACGCCAGCGUUCACCCUCGAGUACCUUAGAACCAAACAGUCAGCAGUCCAUCUUUCUCAUCUUGGGCCGAUGCAAAAACGAUGUUGAUAAUGCCAUGAUGCAGACAAAACAGCUGUAUCAGAAUCAGCUCUCCACGGCAACCUUAAGAAAUGAUGAUUUUACAGGACUAACUGAGGAUGAUAUCAAUGAGUUGACAGAGAUGAUCGAGGACACAGGCCUGCAUGUGGACGAGCUGCAGUCCAGUGAGGGUGAAUGGACAGUGAGCGGACUAAAAGACGAUAUCAUCAAGGUGAGGCAGAUGAUUCAUAACAAGGUGCAAGCCACCCUCAAGAAAGGGAUGAAAAAAAAGGAGGAAGACACGCUGUACAACCGUGUGGCCUGGUGCAUGAUGGGACGUGGAAACAGUUGGGAAAGACUACCAAAGGUAGCAAAUCACAGCCUAGAAAAUAAUGAUGUCUCCAGAGGAAUUGUGGACGGACAGGGUAUUCUGUGGACCGUGGAUCUUGAGAAGAUGGUGGUCCAAACAACAGGAAAGACAAGAAAGCUGAAACGACUUGAGAGUCUUCCAGCAUUUACUCCCCCCCUUUACUGGGACAACAUGGAUGCUGGUGAAGAUCUGAAGGUGAUUCAACUGCAAGAAUCCUCUGCAGAGUACUACAAAGUGAGGGAAGCCUUCCACAAAACUAUGACCAAGCAAAUCAUUAAGAUCGAGCGAAUCCAGAAUGUCGACCUUCGCCGAGCCUAUAAAGUGCAGAAGAAACGGAUUUCUAAUAAGAAUGUGCACCUGAAGGCAGGAGGUGAACUCCUUCUGUACCAUGGGACCACUGAGGGCAACUCCAAGUCCAUCAUGAAAACUGGAUUUAACAGACGCUAUGCUGGACAAAAUGGUACUUCAUAUGGCCAAGGAACAUAUUUUGCAGUAGACGCCAGCUAUUCAGCCAACCCUGCCUACUCUAAACCAGCUGCUGGUGGUUCCCAGCUGAUGUUUGUGGUUCGUGUCCUGGCUGGUACCUACACUCUGGGAAAUAAGGACAUGAAAGUGCUUCCGCCUCGCAACCCCCAGCAGCCCCAUGACCUCUAUGACAGUGCUGUGAAUAAUUUGGACAACCCCACCAUGUUUGUUGUGUUCCAUGAUGACCAAGCAUACCCAGACUAUCUCAUCACCUUCAAGUGACUGUUACAGGCAAAGUGAUGCAAGUUUUUAGUAAAAGUCUCUUUUUCAGCAUUCAUUUUUAGGCAUACUUAUGGUUGUGCUUUUGUGUGAUCACCUGAAACACAAUUUCAGUGACACUGUCGGACAUUUACAAAGGAACUAUGUAGAUAUGCAGAGGCUGAAAUGCAAAAGCAUCUGAGAGCCAAAAAGCACAAACUGGUUCAACAAGGUUUCCUUGUGUUUAACUGGAAGUGUUGGAUACCUGCACCACAUUUUACUGAUGCAGUUUUUAAAUUUACAAUACAUAUGGUAGUACUUUAGAUUUUAAGCAAAAUCUUCAAAAAGUGUCAACAUGUUAAAAAGUUUAAACACGGUUACCAGCGACCUAAGGUGAAGACUCAGUGCUCAGCCUCUUUGGCGAAUUCUUCAAUACCACUGGAAUGACUUUGAACGGAUACUUAAGGAGACUAAAAUGACUAAAGUGUUCCUUGCACUGUGGCGCCUUUCUGUGGUCAUGAUCCAGCAUGCAGGUGCCUCAGUGUUGUGGACCACAACUGGAAAAGGCCAAAGACACACCCUUGUUCACCUGGCUGUGCAGAUAAGUGGCUACUUCCAGGAAGUGGGGAUGGACCGUGUGUCUGCCUGGGAGGUUUUAAUUCAGGAGCAAAGAUGGUUCUGUAAUGAGGUACAUUCUGCAACACGUGGUAGUGUGGCAUGCUCCCUGACCUGACUGCCAGUUGUGCAGGCAGGUUAACAAAAACCCAAACACCCCUAAAUUGAACUGGGACUGGUCAUGUCAGGUUUGGGAGUUUGUGCUGGUGCCGUGUGUUGCUGCAUCCAAGACACUGGCACCAGCCUGAGAGUAAAAGCUUGGCUCAAAAAGCAGUGUGGAAAGAUAUUGGCUGAAAGUGAAUUCUCAAGUGGGGAUGAGAGCAAAGGCUGAGACUGCAGUACAACAAGGAGGCAGCGGUAACAGGAACGGCAGAAAUGUUAGCGAUAGCGUCAAGUUAAUGAUGUGACAGGGCAAUUAAAACGACUGGCAAAAACUCACAUUCCCCAAAAGCAUCAAACAUCUUUAACCUCCAAGUACUGCAGCUCGGGCCGCACAAUAAAUCAGCUGAAAACUGUUCACAGGGUUUUAAACUAUCAACUCAUUAUCCCAUGAAGUCAGAAAACUAAUAAACAGAUGUAAAAAUGUGA